AUGGGCAAAGCCACCAUGGACAAGGAUGUUCUGUUCAGCCUGUUCGCCAUGUUCAUCAUGUUCAACCCGACCGAAGAAGCAAACGGACAAGUGAUUUGCCCCGAACACAUCGACAUGUGCCACAUCCGACUGUCACUCUACAACGGCUGCUACCACAACGAGCGCAUCCUGACGCUCUGCGACAAGCAGCAGCAGAAGCGGCUCCAGAAGUACCGCGAGCACCAGCGCCGCGCACAGAAGAGCCGCGGCUUCUUCGCCCGCCUCUUCUCGUCGUCGCCUCCGCGUCCGCUGCUCCAGCCGGCCACCACCUUCUCUUACACCAGCUUCGACAUCCCCAAAGACGUCCUCCGCCACAGCUGUCGCCCCAGCAUGAUUUCCGUCCAGUCCACCAAAUAUCCCGACGCCUGUCCGGACUGCCAGUCCUCCUUCACCUCGUCCAAGCCAGCGACCUCGUCCAGGCCGACGACCUCGAACAACAGGCCAACCACCUCAGGGUCCAAGCCGGCCAGACUCCCCUCUCCUCCUCGCACUGCUGGCUCGUUUCCCGGCUCGUCUUUGCCCAAUGGCCGUCCUCCUACCCGCAGAGGUGUCUUGCCCUCGGCUCCGGCUGGCCGUCCUGUUCGUCCUGCUCCAUCUCCUGCUCCUCCUCGGCUGCCACCUCAGCAGCGGCUUCCGUCUCAGCGCUGGCCUCAACGGCAGCUGCAGCCCGCCAUGACCUCGUCGCAGAGUAGACGUCCGGCCAUGCAUCCCAGAAGCAGAGACUCCAUCGUCGAUACCGCCAUCGCCCUGCCGCCUUCUUACCCCGUUGGUCCGACUGGGUCGGUAUGCUAUCCCGCCCCAGUGCGUGCCAGCGUCACCCCCGGCGCUGCUGCCCGUGGGAGCGUGGACCGUUAUGUCAGCCCCCUGGACCAGAGCCGCUACGAGCGCAUGGUGUCUUCGUCGACGCGUCGGGUGAACUAUCGCCUGGACGUCCGCAGACAGCAGCCAUAUCAGACACCAAGGGCUGAUGACCAUUCUCUGUCCAAGAUAAGAAGACACUGCAAUGCGUCGGAUGGCUACGUGGCCUUCUUUCUGCUGCUCCGUUCGACUCUCAACCCGGAUCGCCAGUAG